AUGCAGCAAUCUCAUCACGGCCAUCAAAGAGCACCACCGGUGUUCGUCAUGAUCCCACCGGGGCGAGAGGCGCAAAACUCGGCAGGGGCGAUCAAUGCGACAGCCACGGCGGUUAAGAUCCUCGGAGUGGUGCAGUUUCUGACUGCCUUCCCGUGUAUUGCACUCGGUGUUGGAGCUCAGUCAUCCACGUGUCAGAAUGGAUACAUCAUGGUUGGAAUAUGGACCGGAACAAUGUUUUUAUUUGCAGGUGUACUUGGAAUUGGUGCCGGUUCAAGCAAAGAUCAAUGCACGCUGUCGUGUUGUCACAUGUUGUCCAUCAUUGGAAUCUUAGUCGCUACUGCGCAGGUCGCCAUCAGCGUCAUGGCUGUACUGCACGAGUUGACUGUGUGCGCUGAUAUCACGGCUACCUGCCCGGCCCUUUGUUUAACCUUUGACACUCUACUGUUUACUGUUGGUGUGGUGCUUUUCAUCCUGGCCCUCACUUUGGCUGUUGUUAGCAUCCUACUCAACAGCAAAAUAAACACCAGCAAAGAACAGGUUGCUCCGUAUCCCUUCCACAUGGGUGCUUUCAGCAGUGAUCCACAUCAUCAAGGGCCGAGGAACAGACCUGCCCUGGCAGCAGCUCCACUGGAACCCACUCAAGGAUCGUCAAGGAAUGAAUCCAGGGAAGAUACCCGUGUACGAGAGGUUGACUACGGAGACGAAGGAUUCAAGUUCAAGUAA